CCUGGGUCGUUGCCAUCGACCCGCCGGGGGUUCGAUUCCCUCUUAAUGCAUGAGGAAAUUUUUCGUGUUCGGAACGGAAUUUCUACUUUCACAUUAAACUGAGUAUUUACAUUUUUCACCAUCCACCAUUCACGCACAUGCUCAAUAUUUGUAGCUAGCACUUGUUCUAUGGCUUCGCGCAUUGUGCAAAGCAAGAACUACUUGUGUAAUAUUACGCAACUGACUCUACACAGCGUUCCCCAGCACCAGCCCGAAUCCUGUAGGUCAUAUCACUUGGUUGUCCAGAAUCCAUUUAUCAAUACUCAUAAUCAUGCGGCAUUUGCAUCUGGUGUUGCCUUGCGUCGGAUUCCCCGGCGUGUGAAAAUAGCGCAAAGAUGGAUUGUCUGCAGUGGCAUGAUGACUAGUUUCAGGCCUUUGACACACAGUCGAUCGUGUGGUGCGGGCUUUUCACGCGGUGUGCACACAACUGCUGCACCUGCGCUGCCCAAUGAUGAAACGGUCAAGCAUAACCUCAAAAAUGCCAGACAUGCCGAGAACAUUAGAAUAGAUUUCCCACUAAAUGAUGCUAACCACGACAUUAGUUCAAGUUGGAAUGACAAGAGAACCAACACAAGAGACCAGUUAAUUCGCAAAGUUAGACAUAUCAUCCGAUACAAAUAUGGACCGAGAUAUGACGUGCAGCCCUAUGGAAGCUCAGUGUAUAUGGCAAUGAAAGCCCUGUCAAGAACAGGAGAUGGAGACCUGGACCUUGUUGUGCUUGAUACCAACUGGCCUCAAGGUUUUUCCCCGGAAAUGGACAUGAAACAUCUACCUCCUAUCUACCAUACUAGAAAGCUUGCUUGGACAAUGCGACAUGCAGGCUUUACUGACGUUGAAGCAAUUCCCUGGGCCCGGGUUCCCAUUGUUAAGCUCACCGAUCCUGUAUCCGGGCUUCACAUUGACAUAAAUGUGAACGAGAGGCUGGGAUUGAUGAACACCGACCUUAUCAAGACAUAUUGCGAUAUUGUACCCAGCCUUCGUUGUUUAGUAUCUGCCAUUAAAAAAUGGGCUCGUCCAAGAGCCCUCAAUCGACCUUCUGCCUCUGAAACACCCCGAACUUUUAGUUCCUAUGCAUUGGUGCUUAUGACAAUUGGAUGGCUCCAGACACGGGACUUAGCUCCGAAUCUACAAGCUGGCCUUCGAUCAAUGGAAUCCAACGAGCAUCUAUUUUGGAUGCGGCCAUCAAACCCAUCUAAGCGGAUACCUUGUGACACACGAUAUUGCAAGCACACGACGUGGGUAGCACCACGCAUCGAUUCCCUGGACAACCUCGUAGAGCAAUGGUUCAGGUUCUGGAGUCAAUUUCAAUUUUCGCACCAUGUGAUAGACAUCAAGCGGGGAGGUAUUUCCCCCCGUAUUUCGCAUUCCGAAGAAGCUGCGAAGCCUGACCAUGCCUCCCGAGGCUCUCGAUCUGAAUCCUACAAUAGUUGGUCAGCAUUUCUCAGUCCGGAUGUGGAUUCAACGACGAUGCUAGAGAGUUAUCCUAUUUCUGUUGUAGAUCCGUUCAUUCGAUCAAAAAAUGUCACCAGGGGCAUUAACGCUCAAGCAUUGCGCAUGUUUCAGGCUGAGUGCGCAGGUGCUGUCAAGCUAUUGGAGCUCGGCACUGAUAUGACGGACAUCAUUGAUGGAUUCGACAUGUUCAAGCAGGAUUACAAUGGACAUUGCACGGCCAGGCUACAGCGGAGUCGAAAGGACCUUCACGGCCAGUCCGCAACAGUCUUGAAAGCGCAUGCUGAGGAGGUUGAUGUUAUUCCUCACUGGAACCUUGCUUCACGACAGCUACCUGAAUUGGCUGAUGUUCUGCAACACAGGGACUCAAAACGUAAUGACCUAUCUGUUGAUGGACAGAUCUCAUCAUCAGACACCCUCGAAUCGUCUCAUAUAGCAAAUGGGCAAAUCAAGGACGAUGAAGAAGGCUUUGGGCUGAAGUCGUCUUACUUUCAGAGGACUGGUCGUGUGUAGAGUAUCCAUGUUAUACCUAAAAGUCAUGUUAUUGCAGCUGAAAGACACGCAUUCUACACGGGGUGCCCUAACGCAUCUAAAGAUCCUACUGUUACGACACUCCUCACAGCAUAUAUACCCACAUUACCUCAUGGCGUGGGGCAAUGUUAUGAUGAUCAACGUCGGGCACCCGCCGGUAGUGGCGCUCAAACCAGUGCUAAC